UCCUGACGUGUGGACGUGAAAGUGCCUCGAUUUCUGCCGUUGAUUUUUGUCGCGUCUUCGCUGCUUGUGUUUUGUGUAUUAUAUUGUUGCUAUUAUUGUUUGCGACUAAACUGCCGCUACUUAGUAUCCGUUCGCGAAAAAUAAAGAAAAGAGAGGCAAAAAAACAAGUCAACUAAAAUAUCCCAUUCAUCUUGUUCUGCCAACUUAUUUCUAAUUGUGAAGCAACCUUGAAAAUUCAACAUCACGCUGGAAAUUGCAAAACAAAAGCAAAACGCAAAAUAUAUUGUUUACCAAAAACUAGUCAAUUAUCAGCGAACUUGGCUAUUUGCAAUGUGACUUUCUAAGUGUGAUCGCAGCUUUUUUGAGGUUUUGUUAGGCCAAGAAGACACGAUCUGUAUUCGGCGAUAUCGGUUCACAAUAUUCACAAUACCGAUACAAUAAAAGUACAAAAAAUAAUAAGAGCUCUUGUUUUGGAUUACUGUUCAAGGAAACCUAAUUGACAAAAAUGGGCACUAUCGAGAAACGCUCAUUCUCCUUCCGCCUGCGCCGCUCCUUCGGCGACGGCGGCAGCACGAACAGCCGGAACAGCAACAACAACAGCAGCACCUGCACCAACCACAACAACCAGAAGCGGUGCAGUACCCCGCUGACGCCCACCAGCACGAGCACCGGCCGUUUGGAGGUGCCAGGAGCGGCCUCGGUGAGCCGCCGGAGCAGCAUCUACAAGAAGCCGGACAAGAACGACGGCGGCCAGAUCCACCAGAUCCCGGACGUGGAGCUGCCGCUGAUGACGUUCGCCGACCAGUACAACAUCGAGAAGACGCUGGCCGAGGGCUGCUUCGCCAAGAUCCUGCUGUGCCGGCACAAGCCCACCAGCACGCCGGUCGUCCUGAAGGCGGUCCACGCCGAGCUGACCACGAUCAAGGAGUUCCAGAAGGAGUUCCACUACAACUACGAGCUGUCGCACCACCACCACAUCCUGAGCGCCUACGCGGUGGCCUUCCAGACGAUGGACUACUACGUGUUCGCCAUGGAGCACGCCCCCUACGGCGACCUGGCCUCGAACAUCGGACCCAACGGGCUCCACGAGAACGCCUGCAAGCUGAUCUCGGAGCAGCUCAGCUCGGCCCUCGGGUUCAUGCACUCGAAGAGCCUGGUGCACCGCGACCUCAAGAUCGAGAACAUCCUGGUCUUCACGCCGGACUUCACGCGGGUGAAGCUCUGCGACUUCGGGGCCACCACCAAGAAGGGCCUGCUGGUGCACAAGGUGAAGCACACGUGGACCAGCUGCGUGCCGCCGGAGCAGCUGGAGCUGAUCAAGAACGAGCGGUUCCAGUGCCUGCCCGUCAGCGACUCCUGGCAGUUCGGCAUCCUGCUGUACAACAUCCUCACCGGCAAUCCGCCCUGGCAGUCGGCCGACUGGGUCAAGGACCAGUCCUACGCCAACUUCAUGAAGUACGAGCAGCGCAAGACGACCAAGGUGCCGGACAACUUCCGCCGCUUCUCGCCGCGGCUGAUGCGCUGCUUCCGGAAGUACCUGAGCCACGACCCCGAGGACCGCUGCAAGAUCACCGAGGUGGCCAAGUACAUGAAGGACCGCUGGGUGGAGUGCCGCAUCUCCACCUCCAAGUCGGCCACCCUCAUCUCGCCCACCAACCACGACCAGGACUCCUGCAUCUACCUCAACCAGCGGGAGGGUCGCCUCUCCGGGGACGAGAACAAGCUGCGCUUCAAGCGGAUGAUGUCCACCUACGGCCUGGACAUCCCCAUCGACCAGGCGAUGGUGAGGCGGCGGGUCUGGGACUGGCUCUCCACCUGCGACGCCAACUUCGAUCCGGACGUGGAGAGUCUGCACGCCCUGGAUCUGUUGCAGUAGAGUGUGGUUUUGUUGGGUCCCCAAGAUCUACUCCAACCGAGAAAUCUCUCUAGCAGAAUUGAAUAACCAACCGGACAGGUAGUAGCACCGGAAUAUGUAAAUCCACUUUGAUAACCCUCCGGACUGCUCGAAAGAUUUAAAAUCUCUUGCUCAAAGCUUCACGAAAAUAUCAUCUUGUAAAUAAGUCGAUAUCGCCCAAUUCGAUGUGUGUCAUUAUCCUUCAGGGGAACUGUUUGAAUUUGUGGAUCUAGAAGAUCGUUUAUGUAGAGCAGAGAAGCCACUCCUCGGCGGUUUUUUUCUGUUGUUCUGCGAGUGCAGAAUCCCAGAACUGAAAUUUAUUAUAGUUUUAUAUAGAUGCAAUUUGGUAUAACUAAGUAGUAAGAAUUUGUAGGAUAAUGAAACCCAGUUUGAGAUAAAAACACGUCAACGGAUAACUUUCCAGUAGUGUUACCUUUCUAGUCUUCCGCCACGAUGAUUUUCUUCGUAAUCUAUACAUGUAUGUAGUUUUAUGAUUGUAUUUAUGAAUGUACUUUAAUGUGUGAUUUGCGCGUUACUUACAUUAUGUGUACGGUAUACCGAAUAAUGCAAUUAUCUAGAAAUAGGCUUUAAGGAGGUGUAAGGAGUGCCCCUGGCGCAUUCACGACCAAUUAUUAGACGGCUAAGGCUUGUUUUAUAUUCGAAGUAGACUAUACAAACAUGUUUAUGUAGAUAUCCUUAAUCAGCUCCAUUGAUGGCCAGAUGCCAUCAAUGCGUAUGCAACCCUUUUGUACAUACUAUUUUAUUACAUUUGACCUUUAAAUAAACUUUAAUGUAAUCAUGAGUUAAUAUCCUAUGUAAACCUACGAAAAACAAAAUAUAAAACCGUAAACUGAGUUUA